UUGAAAAAUGCAACCCAAUCAUUUGCAACACAUUUCUCCGGCCCUUUUCGACUCUCCCACGUCUCAGAUGUCCUCAAAGGAGUUUCAGAGGAUGUUGUACACGUAUUUUGAGGAGAAGGGUCUAGUUGAUGAUCUCCGGUCGUACCUCCGCGUCCUCAUGAUCAAGCAAUUGAAGAACACAAAAGUGGGGAAAAUCGAGCAAAAGCAGCAAUUUUCCCUCUCCAAGCAAGCCCUCAGUCUAGUAAUUGCCGACUAUUUACUCCACGAAGGUUGUCAUUAUACCUUAUCAAUUUUCAGCACUGAGGUGCCGGGAGUAGCUCCCCAAAUCCCGUUUUCUCUCUACGAAGCCCACAAUUUACGUAACAAAUGGCGAUUUGACGAGGAGAGUCUCGUAAAUGUGUUAGAGUUGAUCGGAAUAUCGAAAAAUAGUGGCGAAAGUUUGAAAAUAUCAGCGCGGUAUUUCCGAAAUGAGGAAUCCCUGUUGAGUUGUUUGAUUGCAUCAAAGUCAGCUGCUUUGGAAGAGCUUUCUGAAAUUAAAGGGUCGAAUUAUUUAGACAAAGUUUUAGAGGUGUUGGGGGUUACCCCGAAAGUAGCGGGAGAAAUUAAGGCCCGAAUUGAGGAAAGUUUCGCUCCCUAUGGAAAACAAUUGGAGGUCUUGAGGAGCGAACUUGAAACGCGAAAUGAGGAAAUCAAAAAACUAUUUAUAUGCCAAAUCGAAGCGAAACGUGAAAAUAAAAAACUCAAAAUCGAGUUAAAAGAAGCAAAACGGAGAUUGGGUCAGGCGGUAUUGCGAGAGGAAAAUUUAAAUUUGAGGGAAAGAAAAAUUCAGGAAAAAUUGGAUGAGGUUACAAGACUCCAAAAAGGAUUGGAAAAAUCGAUAAUGAAGGAAAAAACACAAGUUUGUGACCUGAAACACUGCACAGAGACUUGUCAGAAAAAUUUGAACUUAGUUCAAGAGUUACAACAAGAAGUUGCAAAAUUAGUGGAUGUGACUCGGGAGAAGAAUCACGAAAUUGAGCGACUAAACUCGACGAUUACUUUGCUAAAUAAAGACUUGGCCAACUCUCGUUUAAACAUCGAUUUCUUAAAUUCCUAUUUAGUGCGAUCCAACCAAAUCAACUUCUCUGAAGAAGUCAAUCAAGUGGUCAACUCGAGCGAUGACUCCUCCUCCGAACACAUCACCGGGGAAAUCCUCAACCAAGUUCGUUCGAAACUCUCCCUCCUCGAGCAAGAAAGCGCCCAAUUAGACCUCCGUUUGAAAAAACUCAACCUAGUUACAAAAUAGUUUAUUUCUCAUUCAGUGAAACAGUUAACAAAAUAGAAACGUUUGUACAAAAUAUAAUACAUAACUAUGAAAUUGACACUUAAUUAGUUUAGGCACAAAU